UUUCUGUUAGUGUUCAAGGAACAACGAGAUGGAGGGAUUAGUGCCGUGGUUCCUGGUUUUUAUAUGCGCUUUGGGUUUGACGAACGGAUACUAUCUCCAAAACGAAAUCACGAAUCCACAUCUCAACUACAAUGGAGCAAAACGAUCCCACUGUCCAGAAACAGCGAACAAACCUCCCAACAGACAAGACACCUCAUUAAGAUUGAAACAACUUCGAACAGAAAUGAGGAGAACCACUUCCGUUCAAGGUCCACAUCUUGAUGGAUAUAUAGUCACUUCUGACGAUGCACAUCAGAGUGCUUCAUUGGAUCCUCAUGACAUGAGGCGAGAAUUCAUCACUGGAUUUUAUGGCAGCGCUGGUGAGGCUGUCAUUACCGUGGACAAAGCUGUAUUUUGGACCGAUGGAAGAUAUCAUAUUCAGGCAGAUCAACAGCUUGACUGCAAUUGGAUACUAAUGAAACGUGGCAGAGUCGAUGUCCCAAGCAUAACAGAAUGGCUGAAGUACCAGUUUCUAAAUCAAGAAAUAGCAUAUAUUGGCGCUGAUCCAACUCUCGUUUCAGCCGUCGACUGGGAAGUGUGGGAAGAUGAAUUAGCAAAUUCGUCCGUGCGAUUGGUCCCCGUGCAUAACAACCUGGUAGACUUGAUCUGGCAGGUUGACAGACCAACUUACAACCAAUACCCCGCCUAUCCGUUGCACGACAAAUAUUCCGGAAGACCAUGGCAAGACAAGGUUCAAUCGGUCCGAGAAGAAAUGCAGAAACUCAAAGCCGAUGCGUUAGUUCUUACUGCGCUCGAUGAAAUCGCCUGGCUCUUCAACAUCCGUGGAUACGAUUUGCCGAAUACUCCUGUUCUCAGAGCUUACGCGAUUAUCACGAUGGGAUCGAUACAUUUGUUCGCGCCACGGCAAAAGAUUCCACGCUCUGUCGAUAUACAUCUGAAGAUGGAUAUUUGUACGCACGCAAACUGUGUCAAAUUACAUGAGUACUCCUCAAUCUGGCGUGAGCUGCAAACAAUGUCUCAACUGUGGAGCACAGUAUGGUUGCCAACACGUUGUGCUUACAGUCCAGGUGCCUCCAUGAAAAUAUUUAACUCGAUCCCCCCAAAGAAACGCUUACCAGAACCAUCUCCAGUACUAAAUAUGCGAGCCCAGAAGAACAAGGUAGAAGCCGAAGGCAUGCGAAGGAGUCACCUAAGGGACGCGGUAGCAAUGUGCGAGUUUCUGGCUUACAUGGAAGAACAAUACGAAUUAAACUCAGACAGCUGGGACGAGAUGCAGGUAGCCAGACUCGCGAACGAGUUUCGAUACGAGCAGGACAUGAACAAAGGCAUCUCUUUUCCAACCAUCGCCGGGUACGGACCCCACGCUGCCAUCCCCCAUUAUGAACCUAAUAAUCUCACUAAUAUAAAAAUUGGGACAACGUCUACGUUAGUGGUGGAUUCUGGAGGACAGUAUCUAGACGGGACAACGGAUGUGACGAGGACCCUCCAUUUUGGGACGCCGACGGAGGAGCAGAAGGAAGCGUACACCAGGGUGUUAAUCGGUUCGAUAGAAUUGUCAAAGCUGGUUUUUCCGAACACUUUGAAGUCUAAUCAGUUGGAUGUCGUUGCUAGAGCACCUUUGUGGAACGUCAGUUAUGAUUACCUGCAUGGGACUGGACAUGGGAUUGGGCACUUCCUGUCUGUCCACGAAUCACCCAUUGGUAUAUCGUACAUGCAGGCGAUAUCCGAGGAAAUAUGUGGUCCCGUAGAAUUAAGACCAGGGUACUUCAUGUCCAAUGAGCCAGGAUACUACAAGGAAGGAGAUUUCGGUGUACGUUUGGAGAACAUCAUAGAAACCGUAGAAGCAGGAAGAUCAAAAAAUUCUGAAAUUUUUUUAAAAUUCAGAGACGUCACUCUGGUUCCGUACGAGCCAAAAUUAAUCGAUUACAAAAUGUUAAAUCCAUCACACAUACAAUGGUUAAAUAACUACAAUAGUCGAAUUAGAGACGAGGUGGGUCCAGAAUUGAAAAGGAGAUUAAAAAUAGACACUUUACGCUGGAUGCUGAAGAAAACUGCAACCAUUCCAGAGUGGGGUCUGGUCAACAAAGGAAUGUCUUUUGGCCAGUCUCAUUCAUCACCUUCCACUUUUAAACAGUUCCAUAUAUUAGUUUUAAUUGUUUCCAUUUAUCAUGUUAUAUCUAGUAUAUGGAGUUAAUUAAAGACGGAAAAAAUAUGGAAAUUUGUAAAACUAGUGAACGCAACUAUAAUAAAAUUUAAAAGUUCUUUACAAAGAAAGCAAGACGCUUCGUAAUUACAAUAAGAAUUGUAUAUUGAAGUUAUGUUACUCUGUUUUUAGUAUUACUGCCAAUUCAGGAUACCUUGUUUCUUAAUGAUUACUUUGUUAGUAGAAGAUACCAU